UGUGAGAUUGUAUGGUAUAAAAUAAUGUUGCUGCCCAUACUUUCAAAAACUAGUUAUAAUCACCUGUAUAUGUGAGAAAAUCGAAGAAAUAAAAUUGGUGUUAUCUAUUUACCGUUACAUUAGACGUUAUACCGUGAGAACGUGUUGUUUUCGAUAUCUACAAAGUUCGUUACGACGAUGCACCUGCACUGCGGAUAAUGCGAUCAUGCGUUGAUUAUGACACGGUUCGAAGAGACGGAAUCCAUUUAUUUGUUUUAUGAGACUGUGAUAAAAGGCAGGUAAAGAUUAAGUGAGAAGCCAAUGCGAUCCCAAAAUGAGUCAUACGUGGUCGCAAGCAUGUCGUUAUUGUUUUGUUUUUGCCAAAUUCCAUUUCGAUGACAGUGCCACAGAGUUAGUGUUAAAAGUUAAAAGUUAGUGAUUUAGAAGAAAACCUUAAAAUUGUAACUGACUUACGUGUUUUGGUGUUUUGAGUUUUGUAUUGUUUUGUUUGUGACAUACCUAUGGUAAUACAGUUAAACUAUACUAAUAAGACUUGCACAUUAAAUAUAUAAUGAUUUGAAAUAAGAAGACUGAUAAACAAGAUGGCUCAGAACUCUAUGGAUUCGGAUAGGUUAUCUUCAGCAGGCGUUUCAACUCAUAGUUCUGGAACUGCUGCAACAGUGGGAGGAUCAGUUGUUGGUGUGAGAGUGGGAGAUCCCAACCACAAGAGAGAUGACGAGGAUGACUAUAACCUGGGGCCCUUGCCUCCAAACUGGGAGAAAGCUUUUACACCAUCUGGAGAAAGAUAUUUUAUUGAGUCUUCGGAUUUAUUACUUGUAGGAACUAUGCCUCGUUUUAACCAAAAAAUAACACUUUAG